AUGUGCUCAGUGAACGUCCUGUUGGUCAUUUCGAUCAUUGGAAUCUCCGCUGGAGUCAUGGCUGGAUUGAUGUUUGGAGGAGAAUACCAUAACUGGUCGACUUGCACGAUGGCUUUCAUUUCAGCCAUUUUUGCUUCAUACGUCAGUUAUUUACAUCUCGCUUACAAGAAGAAUUGGAUGGUGACCUGGGAACCGGCCAAGUACAAGCUUGGGUUUUGGAUUGGACUUCUCGUGUUUAUUGCUUCUUUCUUGGGAAUGAUCGGAUGCCUAAUUGCGGCCGGUAUCAAGAAACAAGGAUUGACUCAUGAUGAGCUAAUGGGCGAAAACUUGUGGAUGACGGCCGUUUGGUGUUUCAUGACAGCGAAAUGGUCGUCUCAAACGGCCGUUUUCUCUCGUCGAUACUCGUCGGCGUCAAUAGCCGGUCUCUCGUUAAUCCUCGCCGAUAUGUAUCUUGUCUUAAAAUUACGACAAAUUCGAUUCUCCUCGAGAAAAGUCGAGCGAUUAGCUGUUCCCAUUUCUAUCGCUACAAUCACCAAUGUCACAAAUUUAGAGAGUACAAUGAAAGAAAAUCCACCUGCUCAAGCUCAAGCUGGCAUUAUUGUACUUUCGAAUUUCGGGAAUCGAAGGGGAACGAUUUUCACAUCACCAGAAACUCGUCUCUCAUUCGCUUUUAUCUAUUUCAGUCUUGGCUUUGGUCUUGCAAAUGUUUCUUUUUAUGUGUUAAAUGGGAAAACCGGUUUCUUGUUCUCGCUUUGUGGAUGGAUUUCCACGCUAAUCGAGUACACAAAAUAUAUCGGAUAUUUGGGCUCGAUUAAGAGAAAA